GCACAUAAGUUUAAAAAAACAAAAAACGUCCUUUGUGGCUAAUUUCAUAAUUAAUAAGCCUUUGCUGAAUCAGACCCCCUUUGAUGAAAGAACAUGUUGUUGCUAUAGUGCUUCACCUUGUGCGUUCAUCUUUGUCAACCUUCCUUGUUUUCUCUCUCUCUGCAACUGCUGCUCCUGCUGUAGCGAUGGAUUAACCAUUUCUUAGACCUCCCUGAAAUCAAGUCUGUAUCACUCGCGCUCAUAACACAUUUUGUCUGAGAAGCAGACUCAUUCUGGAAAACCUUGGUUGCUGCAGUUUCUUUCUCUUCUCAGUUAUUGUGACACAAUCCUUCCAGCAUCACGCCAGUCGCAGCUCUGCAACAGGAGAGUGAAUGUCUGCAGGAGAGGACUAAUCUUAACUGACUGGAGGCUGAAAUCUGUCUUUCUACAUCUUCAAAAUCACCAUCUGUGACCAAGAAGCAUGGAGGCAGAAGGCUGUAAUCCUGGUGUAACCAUAGAUUCAGGUAAUCCACUACUAAAAGCAGUGUUUCUCCGUCGCCUGCGGCUCACACGACUGCUCCUGGAAGGGGGAGCCUACAUCAAUGAGAGUGACAGCCAAGGCCAGACCCCACUGAUGGUGGCCUGCCGUACCCAACAUGUUGAUGCCCAGAGUGCCAGUCGAGUCAAGCUGAUACAGUUUCUUCUAGAGAAGGGAGCAGACCCCAACAUCCAGGACAAACAAGGUCGAUCUGCACUGAUGCAUGCCUGCCGGGAGCAGGCUGGCCCAGAGGUGGUCUCUCUGCUUUUGGCCAGUGGGGCAGACAUCAGUCUGGAGGAUCAGUCUGGGACAUCAGCAUUGGUUUACGCAGUCAUGACUGGAGACCUAAAGGUGCUGAACUUGUUGCUUGAUGCAUGCAAAGACAAGGGAAAGGAGGUGAUCAUCAUAACAACUGACAAAUUCCCAUGUGGUAAACUGCAAACCAAGCAGUACCUCAGCAUGCCUCCCCUUCGUCCUCUUGACCAGGCAGAAAAAAUGACAUUACCAGCUCCUGCAUCUCCAUCUGAAAUCCAGCUCAUCACAUCUCCCCAGUGCACCUCCUCUACCUUGUGCCCUCCAAAACCAGUCUUUUCUUUUAAAGAAGCACAGAUCUGUGGCAUAAGCUCCCAUCCGUGCUCCCCGUCAAGAUUUCGCGGGCUUUGCCAAGCACCUCUAAAUGGACUGCAGCAGCCUCUACUGAGGCUGAAUUCUGAACCCUGGCUGAAGAUCCCAGCAUCUCUGCUCACCCAGCAACCUCUUGAAGCUUCAGUCUCAGAAAAAGCCCAGGAUUUAAGUCUGACUGAUAACUUCUCAUUCAGAGUUCCUAGACUGGAUGAGGAUAACAGCCAAAACUCUGACAGCUACAAAUGGUGUGAAGCAAGUAAUGAAAAAGCGAGAGAUGGAAAAAAUGAUAGUGCCAAACAAGUUGGACAAAAGAUACCACUACCAGGUCUCAUUUCAUCUCACUCUGCCUCCCAUCCUAAUCUGCAUUCUGAAAACCUUGGUACAGAUUCAGUCCCCUCCUCGCUUUCCACUGGUAAAAUUCUUGUAACACAACUGCAACCUUCAUCAAGCCUUCAUAAUGUCAUUCAAAGACGCAAGCUAGGUGCAGACAUAUACAACUCUGACCCACAAAUAGCUGUAAACAUUCAAAAUGUCCCUGAAGAGCAGAAAGCUAGAGACCUGACAGAUGGCAAGAGGCUGGCACCUUUGCAUUCCUCUAGCACAAUGGGUUCCAGGGAGUUGGUGUCAGGAACGAGUCAGAGAAUCCUUUCUGGAUAUGAGCGCAGAGGUUCUGGUGCCUUCUUGCUGGAUCUUAACUCACAGGCCAGACCAAGAUCUCUCCCACCUCUUACUAACACCCCCAUCCUUAAUGUUUGUAACCUCAGCAAUGGAAGUAGUUUUUCUGAGAAAGAGUCUGGCCAAAAGCAAUUUUUUCCCUCUGCUCCUCCUGGGCCCCGGAAAGAGCUUACUAGGCGGAUGCUUCUAAGAAGACACUCAAUGCAGACUGAACAGUUCAAGGCCACAGCUUGAAAUCUAUCCAGGAUGCAAGAAAAGGAUGCAAGCGUGUUCCGACGUGAAUUCUGUUCUCCUGUGAGCCAUGGUGUGUGCAUAUUAAUUGAGGAAAACCAAAGAGUGUAUGCAAAAUUAUUGGAUCCUCAGACAUUCAUGGAUUUAACAACAUAUAAACUAUAGAUUUUUCUGUGCUUUGGUGUGCUGUAUUGUCAAAUAGCUUUAGUGUGCAGUUCUUAAAUAUAGAUCUUCUCUCAAAUUAUAUUUAGACAUUUUGGUCACUCGGAUGACAGAAAGUCCAGCUAAAAACCUGCUUCUUUGACUUUAAUAAAUUGUUCUGGUGGAAGAAAGUUAGUAGAAAGUAUAUCCAGGGGAGUUAAAGAAAUGUUAGCUUUAAUUUGCAGGCAUGCCUCUGGUUACUUAACAAUUUUAAGUUUAAUAUUCAGUUCUUUUUAGUUUAGCUUUUUCUUUCACCAACAGCUGAAAGAAAAAAAUGCCGGACAUUCAACUCUCUUAAUUUAAUUACUUGUUAUCUUUGCAAAUCAUCUUUUUAUUACUGUAGGCUAUUACACACCAGAACUUCUUUCCACAAGACAUCGAUAAGAGUAUGUGAGUUCAAAAUCGAAUGAAAUGCUAAACUACACGCAAGAGCUGAGUUAAUGCAGCUUUAAAAUCUUUAUAUGCAGAAAUGUGCUAACAAAACUUUCAGCUUUCAUUGAAAAGGUGUAACAAAAAUAUUACAUUAACAGUUUAAGAUAAGAUAAGAUAAGAUAGAACUUUAUUAAUCCCUCGGGUGGGUUCCUCUGGGAAAUUCGAUUUCCAAAAAAGCACAACUCCGACAGAAGUUACAGAGUUACAGUUUAGUAAUUACACCAACUUUUAUACACAGUACCAUUUUCAGAGGGUCUAAAGUAAUCAGACAAAUAAAUGUAUUUUUAAAUAUCAGUAUUGUUUUUUUAUUCAAUUUAUUUCAAUUCAAUUUUAUUUAUA